AUGCAACCCGUGGCCAACCAGGCACGUCACCAAUCAACUUCCCCCACUAUCCCUUCUGAAGAACCUGCUGGCUGCUUCUGUCUCGGCAGCCGCACUGUGCAUCAGCCUUCCCGAGAAGUUGCGCACCGAACAAAACGAGAGUACUACCCAGACAACCUGAGCAUCCAGCCCAACCGACACAAAUGGGGCCGCCGGAUGGAGUGGCUGAUAGUGGCCUGCGUGGACUUUCUCGAAAAGGAGGGUUUGGACGAGAGAAAUAUCUUUGCCGUGUCCGCCGUGGACGACUUGGUGCGCAAUAUGACAGUAGAAGAAGGGGAGGAGCUGGCGAAGAACACGGACCCAAACGUGGCGGCUGGUGUGAUCAAGGCGCAGAUCCGGCACGCGGACGAGGCGCUGGUGGGCAAGGAGUGUCUGCGGACGUACAUCGAGCUGCAGCAAGCGCGGGAAGGGGACGGGAGCCCAGGGGACGGGCUCCGCAGCUACGAAGAGAGCCAUCUCGCGCGUACGGUGGACGACACCAAGAGGAUUAGCGGGGCGCGGAGGGCGUACGUGCUUGCUCGGAUAAUGAGGCUGCUGGGAAGGGUGAGCGCGAAUGAGGAGGUGUCGCGGAUGAACGCGCAUUGCCUGGCUAAGUGCGUGGCACCAAGCAUGCUGCACUGGGACCCCAACUCGGGGUUUGCGCUGCUGAUGCUUGGCAAGAUUACGGCUUUUGUGAUGACGAUGAUCGAGGACGCGAGGGUUUUUGAUGAAAAUCUGUGUCAGAAAAUAGAUGAACUGGCGCAAGAAUGCUAG